AUGCGUGGAGCGAGCACGGGGCAAGAUCCCGAUCUUCAAGCUCCCCAGUCUGCGGGCACGGCGCCCAUGAAUUCAUCGGAGCGACUGGAGUCUUCUGGUCCGGAAUCAACCCCCGAUCAGAAGGCCUCCGAUGUUGCUGAAAACCAGCAAUCCAACCCAGGAACAUCCUCUCAACAGGCUUCCUCAUCAAUCGCAUCGGCCUCCGAUCCUCCCAAUGCGGAGGGGGCGGAUGCGCCUCGGAAACAUCAUCUGUUGAUUCCAAUUCCUUCGCGCCGCUCUUCCAAGACGGAAAAACAAUCAACAACGGAAAAGACCGAGGAACAAGCACAGGAGGAACCCGCCAGGCGAGGCUCGAAGGUUAGCAUCCUGAAAAUACACAGGGAGCGUAGUCGGGCAAGUAGUAGACGGUCGCGACGGACGCAGGAUGUGGCAAAUGCCGAGAAGUCUCAAGGAUCCGCCACCCCAACUACUCCCGAAAUGAAUGGCCCCCCGCAACCUCAAAAGAAGAGUAAAUUUUUGUCGUUCCUCAGUUGCUGCUCAUCUCCGGGGGUGGAUGGUGACGAUGACGCGGUUCCUGCAAAGAAAAGCGCCAAACAACAACCUGCUCCCAACCGACUGCCAACCCCCGACAAAGCGGAAGCCCGCACUGGUGACUCAAGCACGGCUGAGUCUAGAGAUCCGGCAUAUUUCGAUAAUGAAAAAGCAAACUUGACUGUGAGCGAUCAACCUAAAGAGGAAGGAGUUGCUACUUCUCAGCCUUCAGCCGAUGCGCCUGGUAAAGAAAUCCCCGCCGUGCUGAGCCAGCCUGAGGCCUCAAAACUUCCUACAAAGGAACAUGAGGACCAAUUCUCUUCUGAGAAACCAACCAUGGCGAACGGUGUCGUUUCUGAGCCAAAUGCUGAGGACCGUGCGCCUGAGGAUCAGACUCAAACUCGUUCUGUAGAAGAACCCCCAGCAGUUGAAUCCAUGUCUAAACAACCGAUAAAUGGUGAAAUCGAAGACCACUCACACGCAGAGGAGGUUGCUCAGCAGCCACCUCAGACUACUGUCAUCCUGCCUCCCCCACCCCCACCACCUGUCCCUCCCGAGGUUCCUUCAGCACCUGAGACGAAUGAGCAACAGUGGUUACUCCCACCGGCUGUGCCACACCUAUCAGGUCGCAAAUGUCUUGUUCUCGAUCUCGAUGAAACUCUAGUCCACAGUAGUUUCAAGGUUCUUGAACGUGCUGAUUUCACCAUCCCCGUUGAGAUUGAGGGUCAAUACCACAAUAUCUAUGUCAUCAAGCGACCGGGUGUUGAUCAGUUCAUGAAGCGAGUUGGUGAAUUGUAUGAAGUUGUGGUAUUCACCGCAUCUGUUUCUAAGUAUGGUGAUCCUUUACUUGAUCAACUUGAUAUCCAUAAUGUUGUCCAUCACCGUUUAUUCCGAGAGAGUUGCUAUAACCACCAAGGAAAUUACGUCAAGGAUCUCUCUCAAGUUGGCCGCGACCUCCGUGAAACAAUCAUCAUCGAUAACUCCCCUACUUCGUAUAUCUUCCACCCUCAACACGCGAUACCCAUCAGCAGCUGGUUCUCUGACGCACACGACAAUGAACUGCUGGACCUCAUUCCGGUUCUCGAGGAUCUUGCUGGGGCCCAAGUCCAAGAUGUCAGCAUGGUCCUGGACAUCACCCUGUAA